UUUUCAGUUCAUGGAUUGGGAUUACUCAUAUUUGGAGAAAAAUCACACCAGAUAAUCACAGAUUUAUUCAAGAAAGCAGAAUCUGUUUGAGCGAGUGGUUGGGCAACUCUUCUGGCAUGAGAGAAUUAAUGCCUCCUUAGAGGAACUUGGUCAAAGCAGGGACUAGAAAGGCAAAAGAGUAAUGCAUGUGUGACUGGAGCUUCCAAGAUUUGCUGAAAUUUGAAUAGAUCUUCCUGGCAUGUGUAAUGGAUAAAUAAGUGAAAGAAGCCAACCCAAGAAAAAUGAACAGACAGAUCAAAACUGGUACCACAUCAUCUGGCUGGGGAUUUUGCUGAUGUUACAAAACUGAUAAGACUAUAGCAGCAUAUAGAUGUCCAGUCUGUUGUGUCAUUCAAACCAUGAGACUCAUCUUUCAAGAAUGUUCAGUGAUCUUCACACUGGUCAACCUGGUGGGUACUCUAUCGCAAUCAUUUGGUCAGAAAGAUGCCAUCAGCACCACAAUAAUCAAUUUCAAUAAUGAGAAAAUGCAGAUCACGUGGGCAACAAGAAAACUAUUCCCUGGCAAGAAUGUGUCAUUUUAUUAUAUAUUCGAAGACGGCAAGCAGAAAUACUGGAAAAUAUGUCCCACAUAUCUAUUGACACAAGGUUAUAAUUCAGGAUGUCUUUUUAAGACAGAAGGAUACACCCUUGCUUUCUCAAUCAUGAACAGCAAUGGAAGUGAAGAGCUUUUUUCUAAAAGACUGAAAUCUGAUUUCUAUAUAAAGCCCAAUCGACCAGAAAAUGUGACCUUCAAUUGGAAGGAUGACACUGUUACUGUUACAUGUAAUAAACCAGAAAGAGGUGUGAAGUGCUUGAGACUUGAGCUUCAGUACAAAAGCAAAUACGACAAAGGAUGGCAAUCCAGAACUUCUAAGUGUUGCAGAGUUGGAGAGCAAGGCUUUGAUCCAAGGAAAUGCUAUUCUUUUCGGGUCAGACUGAAGAGGAUAGUACCCUCUUGCAACGUAGUUGAUUUCAGCAGUGACUGGGAAGCAGAAACAUUUUGGAUGAAUAGCACAUUAUUAGAUUCAUGUGAUGAUGAAAUGAAAACCCAGUCAAACACAGUAAUUCUUUUAAGUUGUUUGAUGGCAGUACUUCUAAUAAUAUUUAUCCUCUUGAUCCUUCUGUGUAAAUGGCAGAGACUUCAAAAAUCUGUUAUGCCUACUAUACCAGAUCCAAAAUAUAUAUUUACUGAUCUCUUCAAUGAUCAUAGUGGAAACUUCCAGGAAUGGAUAGAUAAAACUGAUCAUGCAGUAGUACAAACCAAAUUGGAAUAUGAAGAGCUAGAAUGCAUCAUCGAGGAAGAAAACCAGCAAACAGACAAGAAGAAAAGUGACAAUCAGGAACCUAGGGAAAAAAUCUUCAGCUUUUCAGGAGCAACUGGAAAUAAUAGUCCCAAAACAACUCAGAAUGCCCGCCUGAUGCCAACAUUCAAUAAUACAGUUUCUUUUGCUGUCCCCCAGAAUGUAGUGAAUGAUGACAUGUAUGUGAUGUUAUAAAACCUGCAUAAUUCAGAAGGUAUGAGGAAAUGAUAUGUAAGAUCCUGAUGAGUAUGUGCAGAGGCUGAAUAGAAAAUAUUAUCACAAGUAGAAACGCAAGAAGAAAGAUGCAAGUCUGUAUUAUCUGAUUCCAGAUAGGUUCUUUCCAAGAACUUAUGAUCUUAUGAGCAGGCUAAAUAUUUGAUGUAAAUGUCUAAUGAUUUAUGGAGUUAAGAUUUCGGAUUAUAGUUGGUUUUUAUAUGUAGGAUUUAAGUAAGUCCCAUUUUCAUGUUAGGGGAGAGAACAAGAGCUGUUCCAUGGCACAAUUUCAACAGCUGAGAUUCAGUCCUUGCGCUUUUGUAGUGCAAACUACAUCAUUACUAUUCUCAAAUGAAAAGAAAAUUAAGAUAUUUGUCUCCUAAUGGUCUUUGUUUCACAAAGGCCAGACAGCAUACUGUUCAUUUUCAUAGUGAUAAUAUACUGCUUUACUGUAUCUCCUUAUAUUAGAAGUGCUUGCUUUUGUAGCUGCUUCUCCAGUUGUGAAAUUUUGUUCUUCAUGGUAUGCAUCAAAAAUUUUUAAAAGAGAAAGAAUAAAUCAUGUGUCUAUGAACAGAAAAGGGAGGAUGUACGCUGUUGAGUUACAAUUUAUCAUGUAAAUAUUGCUGUGCAGGCAGUUUCCUCCAGAAUAGCAAAGAUUCAUGGACUGCAGUCAGGUCCUUGAUAUCUUACUGUGUCUCGAUGUGACUACCUCAGCUUCUUGCAGAGAUCAGGUUCAUUUUCUACAAUAUUUAUAUUUAACUAAAUUUC